AUUGUUCUAUCAUGGCCCUGUGGAUGCGUCUUCUGCCCCUUUUGGCCCUGCUGGUCCUCUGGGAGCCCAACCCUGCCCAGGCUUUUGUCAACCAGCACCUUUGUGGCUCCCACCUUGUGGAGGCACUCUACCUGGUGUGUGGGGAGCGUGGCUUCUUCUACACACCCAAGUCCCGCCGUGGAGCGGAGGACCCACAAGCCUCAGCCUCAGCCUCAGCCUCGUCCCCUUCCACCUCCUCAACCGGGCUGGAGCAUCUGGGCACCACAGCCAGAGCACCCCCUGCUUUGGAGGAGGCUGCUGAUCCUGGCCCAGCCAGCAGAUCAUCGCCCAGGCAAUUUCGGAAGAGAAUCUUUGGCACCAGCGAGUCCCCGGUCCUCUUUAUCCACCGUCCGGGAACUUCAGGGACUACAAAGCGACUAGAAUACAGGGGCCGAGUAAUCACCACCGAGCUCCAGCUCAUUGUGCAGGAGGAGGAUCCCGAGCCCCCAUCCGGGGGUCCCGCAUCUCCUCGGGCUGAACCUCUUGCCCAGCCCCCAACGCCUUUGCCGAGAGCAGCCCGUGAGUCUAGCCCCGAGGCCAGCUGCUGUGGCCUGUGGCCCCGGAGAUCGCGGCGCUCCCAGAACUAA